AUGUUAGACUUUAAUUCUGCGCCUCAUUCGAAAGAUGAGAAACGUUAUCAUAGAAAAAGAAGAUUUUUUAAAAGAUAUGAUCGUGGAGUUCUUUCUCAUAGAACACAAUCUAAUUAUGAUCUUCGUUUAAUUAUUCUUCGACAUGCUGAACGUGUUGAUCAAAUUCUUGGUCAGGAUUGGUAUGAAAAAGUUUUUGGUGGUGUCCCAUCAGCACCUCCACAAGCGUAUAGACAUCCAGCAUUACCUCAAAAAUUACCAAUACGUUCAAAUACUCUACUUUAUGUAUUUGAUCCACCUAUAACACGUUUAGGUGAACAACAAUCUAUGGCUAAAGGACAGCAAUUAAGUCAAGUAGGUGCUACAGUAGAUUACUGUUACUCAUCACCUGCAUCGCGUAGUAUUCUUACAGCCAAUGCAAUAUUGAAAGGUAUGAAUCGUAGUAAUGUACCUAUUCGUCUUGAACCUUAUUUAUUUGAACCGAUGAAUUGGAAUACUGGAUUAGUUUUACUUGAUCGAGUGAGUCCAUUUAUGUCGAGUGGUGAAUGGAGAAAAUCUGGUUAUAAUAUUGAUCCAAGAUAUCAUCGUAUUAAUAACUAUCUAAAUACUAGUGAAAAUGAAAAUGGUUAUUAUAUGCGAACUCGAAAUCUUUUUGAUGCAAUCGAACAUCGUCAUAGUCAGACUCGAAAACAACGUUCAACUAUUCUUAUCGUUGGUCAUGCAUCAUCAACAGAAAUUUUUACAACUAUUGCAUUACGACUGCCAUUUGAUUCAAACGAGUUUGUUCAUCAAUCUGAUAGAGUACCAUAUUUACAUACAGCUGUUCUUGAACGUGAUGCAUACACUCAUACUUGGUAUUUACGUUCGGUUUUAAUGUAG